GAAACGCUGGAAUAUCGUCAGAUCAAAUGAAAUUCAAUACUGUCGUCAGCUACAUUGAUGCGGAAAUCCUCACGCAAGUUUUGGACAUUUUACUCAGUCCGCCUGCGUCGGAGAGAUACAAACUCAUCAAAGAAUGGCUAAUCUCCGCUUUUGUGGACAGUGAGACCCAGCGCACCAAAAAAUUACUGACGGAAAUGGAACUCGGUGACUGCAAACCCUCACAACUACUCUGCAAAAUGCGUAAUCUGGCUGACGAAAAAAUCGGCGAGAAUUUUUUGAAGACUGUGGUCCAAUGCCUACCGAUCAACAUGCGAAGCAUCCUAUCGGUUAGUAGCAAUGAACUAUCAAAAUUAGCUGCCAUGGCCGACCAGAUUUGGGAACUCAGCCCUGGGCCAACGACAGCACAGCUUGUCCCCAUAGCAUCGGGAAGUGCACACUGUAGGGAACCGCUCCCUGCCUUGGACAUCCUGCAAAAGCAAAUAUCGGAAUUGUUACUGCAGGUAGCUACACUUAACGAAUGGAUAUACCCACAUGCGAGGCAAAGAAACACCUGACCCAGAUCAAGAGAGCGAUUACGCAGUC